AUGCCAGCUGAAUGUGUAAAAGUCAUUGUAAGAAUGCGUCCAUUCAAUCAAAGAGAAACGGAGAAUGGAAGCAAACCAUGUGUGGUAGUUUAUGAAGACACCAACACUGUGGAAUUAAGAAAUUCAUAGGAUAAUGAUGUGAAAUCGUAUACAUAUGAUUACGUGUUUGGAUCAGAGACACCUCAACUAUCCAUUUAUCAGAAAACUGCUUUCAACUUGGUAGAGAGUGUAGCAGAUGGUUAUAAUGGAACAAUAUUUGCAUAUGGUUAAACAGGUUGUGGCAAAACAUUCACUAUGAUUGGAGACCCAUCUAGUGAAACAAUGAAGGGAAUCAUACCUAGAACUUUUGAUCAAAUUAUCAGCAUUAUAAAUAAUAACUCAGACUCAAACAAAAAAUUUCUACUUCGAUGUUCAUACAUAGAAAUAUACAAUGAAGAAAUACAUGAUUUAUUAAGCAAAGAUGUGAAGCAGAAAUAUGAAUUAAAAGAGAGAUAAUAAGGUGUCUACGUUAAAGAUCUAAACAUAGCCGUGGUUAGAACUACUUAAGAAAUGGAUCGAUACAUGUAAUUGGGUACAUAAAACAGAUCAGUUGGAGCCACAGCCAUGAAUAAGGAAUCAAGUCGUAGUCAUUGCAUUUUCACUGUAUACAUAGAAUGUUCUGUUACAGACCAAAAAGGAAAUGAGAGAAUUACUGCUGGAAAAUUAAACUUGGUGGAUUUGGCAGGUAGUGAAAGAUAAUCAAAAACCUAAGCCACAGGUGACAGAUUAAAAGAAGCAACAAAAAUCAAUUUAUCACUUUCAGCUUUGGGUAAUGUCAUUUCAGCACUUGUUGAUGAGAUUCUAAAUUUGACAAGAUUAUUACAGGAUUCUUUGGGAGGAAAUACAAAAACAAUAAUGAUCACAGCUAUCAGUCCAUCUGAUUUCAACUUUGAUGAAACUUUGUCUAGUUUAAGGUAUGCAUCAAGAGCUAAAAUGAUUAAAAAUCAACCUAAAGUAAAUGAAGAUCCAAAAGAUGCUUUAUUAAAAGAAUAGGCUGAAGAGAUCAAAAAACUUAAAGAAAUGCUGUCCAAAUAAGCAGCAGGUUAACCGAUAUCUAUGGAUGCCUUUUAGCCAAUUGCUAAAUCAGAAAACAAUUCAGAGCUGGCAAGAUUGAAAGCAGAGAAUGAUAGAUUGAAGGAGAAGAGUAAGGCCUAAGCAGGAGGUGGACCAACUGAAGAGAAACUUAAAGAAUUACAUGAAUUUAAGGAGAAGAACAAUUAGUUACUAUAAGAGAAGGAAAGAAUUGAAAUGGAAGUAAGAGAGAAGGAGAUUUAAGCAGAAUAAGAACGAUAAGCCAGGAAGAGAUUGGAAGAUUUAUUGAAAGAAAAGGAGUAGAUGAUGGUUUAAGGUGGCAGAGGUACUGAAGACGAUAAAAAGAAGUAUAAAAAAUUGAGACAAGCUAUUGAUUUAUAAAAAAAAGAGCAUGAGGCCCUUAUUAGUUAAUAGGAAUAGUAAUAAUAAGAACUAUUGUAAAUUGAGACUAAGUAUCAAAGUGUACAGGAAGAGGUUGAAAAAUUAAGGAAACUUGUUAAAUUUUUGAGAAAGAAAUUAGAAGAGGCUUAAAAUGAGUAGAAAGAUUUAAAGCAAGAAGUUGAAUAUGAGAAAGAAGAUCUGUUGGAUACGAUUAGAAGUUAGAAAAAAGAAAUCAAAUUAUAUUCUGGCAUAGUUAAAAUGAUGUUUAAUCAAACUGAGUUAGAAUCUCUUCAAGCAGCAUGUGAAUGGGAUGAUGAUUCUUCGGAAUACAAGAUUCCUCCUUUCAAUUUCAAAGCUAAGAAAGUCAAUUUUCCUAAUUUGCCUUAUAAACAAGCUAUCGAUUUAAUUGAGCAAGAAAAGGCAGAAAGAAUUAUUGAAAUAAAUUCUCGAUAAUCUGAUAAAGGUAGUUACUAUGAUUCUGAAUACAAUCAAAGAAUGAUUUCCUCAAAACAACAAAUAAAGGAUUCUCAACAAAAAUAAAAUGGUACAAGUUAGCCUCAGUUGGAUAGAGCCUAAUUAGUGGCUGAGAAGAUAAAAUUGAAUUAUUAGAUGCUCGAAGAAAAAGAAGGAAAAUAUAGAUACUCGAAUGAAGUUUCCAAUCAGUAAUUGAACGAGAAGAAACCAAAUCAAAAAAUAAUAUUAAGUCCUAUUGAUAAUCGAGGAAACACAGUCCCCAAUUUUCCAAGUCAAUAUGGAUAUAAUAGUAAUACAAACAGCAGCAAUUUAUCACAAGCAACACCACCAUCUAAUAAAAAAAAUGUUAAUCUAUAGCCUUUAGAAUCAAAACCAUAGGUUCCAGGACCUGAUGAAUUAUAAAGAAGAAAAUAGCAUCAGAGAGUCUAACAAAUUUGA